GAAUUAAGGAAUUAUUUAAUUAUAAAUUAAGAUAUGAUUUAAGGGAGAUAAGGCUGUGUGAGGGGUCCUCUCUGAGAUUUUGCUCCAAAACCUUCCCUUCACCUGAUUUGCAGACACUAACCCAAGAAAGGACCAACCUAAAAACCAAAGAACUUCUAAGAGCUGGGUAGAGAGAGAAAGAAAGACACUUCUGCUCUCUUUCUCUCUCUGGGUCUUUCUUUCUUUUCCUUUCUCUGUGUGUGUGUGUGAGGUACAUGCAAAAACAGUGAGUUUGAGAUAGAGAAAGAAGGAAUUGAAGACUGUUUUUCAAUCUUGCAAAAUCUGCUCAUCAAGUACUUUUGUUGUAUUUUCGAUUUUGCUUCUUAUCCAACUUGCUCUUGAUUUCGAAGGUAGUUCCUUCUGGGGGCGCAUGUUGAAUUUGGCCCUUGGGCAAAGAUAGAAGAGGACAUCUAAUAAUUGAAGGUUGAGUUCUUGUUGGUGCUGCCGCUGCUUUUGUCUUUUGCCUCUUGGGGUGGAGACUAUGUUGGAAGGCCGUUCCUGCGUGAUUCCGGGGUUGUUUUCCAGCUCUUGUCAGGCAGAUAACAAGUGGCCUUUCAUGCCAUACCUGCCAGACUUGGACAUGAAGAAUGGCAAACGCCCUAGUGAUGGCGAUUGUGAAGAAGAAUCUCAACCCAGGAAGAUGAACAGAAGAGCGGAAUCUCUCGAUCAAGGGGAGAGAGUUGGAGUUGUCUUUGAAGAACAACAAGCGUAUGAUGCUGAUGAUUCUGUCCAAGGAAAGAAGGAGGAGGAAGAGCAGAUGGAGCAGGAAGAGCAUGAAAGAGGGGAUUCGUCAGAUUCGGGUUCUCUUUUGCCGAGAAUGAACAGGGACAGCUCAAUCGCAUGUCUGAGCCGAUGUUCGAGGUCGGAUUAUGGUUCUCUGGCCUCACUGAAUAAGAGCUUUCGGAACACAAUAAGAAGCGGGGAGCUGUACAGAUGGAGGAGGCUGAAAGGGAUAGUGGAACACUGGAUUUAUUUUUCCUGUGCCCUGCUGGAAUGGGAGGCCUACGAUCCAAUUCGUGAAAGGUGGAUGCAUUUGCCAAGAAUGGCUUCGAACGAAUGCUUCAUGUGUUCGGACAAGGAGUCUCUGGCUGUAGGUACGGAGCUUAUUGUAUUUGGGAGGGAGCUGAGGUCUCACGUGAUUUACAGAUACAGUCUUUUGACGAACUCAUGGUCAUCUGGGAUGAGGAUGAAUGGUCCAAGGUGUUUGUUUGGAUCUGCGAGCCUCGGGGAGAUUGCUAUUUUGGCGGGUGGGUGUGAUUCGGAGGGUCGUAUUCUUGACUCGGCCGAACUGUACAACUCUGAGAAUCAAAGCUGGGAAGUUCUCCCUAGCAUGAACAAGCCAAGGAAGAUGUGCUCUGGGGUAUUUAUGAAUAAAAAGUUUUAUGUUAUUGGGGGAAUUGGUGGAAAAGAUUCUAAGCUUCUUACAUGUGGUGAGGAAUACAACUUACAAACUAGAACAUGGACAGAAAUUCCUAACAUGUCCCCUGGACGCAGUGCUACCUCUGACAUGCCUGCAACAGCGGAGGCACCACCUCUGGUUGCGGUUGUAAAUAAUGAACUUUACGCUGCCGAUUAUGCUGACAUGGAGGUGAAAAAAUACGAUAAAGAUAGAAGAUUUUGGCGUAGCAUUGGGAGGCUGCCUGAACGAGUGGUGUCGAUGAAUGGUUGGGGUCUUGCAUUCAGGGCAUGUGGUGAUAAGCUAAUUGUGAUUGGAGGUCCAAGGACUCAAGGUGAAGGUUUUAUCGAACUAAAUUCCUGUGUUCCUGGUGAAGGACCUCUACAGUGGAAUCUACUUGCCAGAAAACGUUCCGGCAACUUUGUCUAUAAUUGUGCUGUCAUGGGAUGCUGAACAAUUCACUUCUCAACCCACAUUAAAUCACUUCCUCAACAUUCAUUCAUCCAUCCAUUUGACACAAAGAUUCUUGCUAAUUGGUACUUUUCCCCCUUCUUUUUCGAUCUUAAUUUUCUUUCUUCGCUGGGGGAAGACGGGAGAAGAUUCACUUCACCAUUGCCUGAAAAGUUUUCCAACAAGGAGGCUAUUCACUUGUUUAUUUUUAUCUUCAAAAUUUCAGUUUCCUUUUUCUUCCUUUCCAAUUCCUAUCUUCCCCCAUUUACGUUUACAUGAAAAUUUUCAAAGCUUCCUAUCAUGUACCACAGGAAUAGGUUAAAUAAUUGAAGUAAGUCUCAACACAACUGUAGGUUACCGGUGUUGUUUAUUUGAUGUUUUUUUCUUUUACCUUUUGUAAGAACACACAGCUAGAUAUUUUAUUUUCAUGAUCAUAAUUUUCUUAGCCG